ACAUUGGUGCAUGGCGUCGACGAGAACAGAAUGCCGAAAUGUUUUUUGAUCGCCAUUCCGGUUCACCGCGCGCGCGCUGCCAUAGGAGCCAUGACUAACUCUGCCGGUACUAGUACGAGUCGAUAUUUCUUCUGGUUUGGAAUCGCGAUGUGUCUGCUCCUUGCAGCAUUCACUUGGCAGCGUAAUCCGACGAAGCUGAGGAGUGUCUUUCAACGUCACCAGGAUAGGAAGACAGGCUCGCAUUCGCCGCUGACCUCUGCAGGAGAUACCCAUGCCACAGUGACACUGCCCACAGCAUGUGCGCCUGCGGGCAAUAUAUCUUCUCCAUCGCCCGUUCGAGAUGGAAUAGGCGUACCUAGUAUAACGGAGCGCACAGCUUUCGGAAACUAUUCCCAAAGUCUCAGUGGAGUGAAUGGCUCUGAUAAGCUGCUAAAGUACACGUGCAGAUUCACGGAGGAUCACUCAUGGCCCCAUACACCUGGCAACCCUGGCGAGCUGGCUAUAGUAAGUCUUCUAUCUGCAUCCGUACCAUCACUGCUUCUAGAUUAUAUUCUAGGACUGGAAGUUUUGGGAACGUCACUGGACAGGUUUGCUCCAAAGAGCGUGCCGCGUGUACUCAUGGUGUUGGAAGGUACAGACUGUGACGAGCUUUGCAUGCGACGACUUCAUGAUACUGGCUGGCGUAUCUGCCACGCGCCACCUAUUAAGCCGCCGCGUCCGUCCGAUUUUGCUCGCUUCAAGGAUCAGUUUGUCAAGCUUCUUAUGUGGAACAUGGUGCAGUACAAACGUGUCGUUUACAUGGAUGCCGACACUCUAGCUGUGGGAAGACUGGAGCGGCUGCUCGCCACACCGGUUAGUAUGGCUUCGAAUAAACCACUUGCUGUAGCACAGGAUAUAUUCAACGGCAAGUGGGUGGAUGGAUUCAAUAUGGGUGUUGCUGUAAUACCGACUAAUCGAACAGAGUUUGUCCGUCUGUUCAACUUGCUGGAAAGUGACAGUGUUGAGUAUGAAUCCACAAUGUCUGAGCAAGGAUUUCUGUCCGUAAUUUACAAGAAUGUGUGGACAAAGCUGGCUUUUGAGGAUAAUGCAAACUUGGCAGCUUGGUUAUGGGACAAGUCCCUGUGGCAGAGUAAGAAAUCUGAUAUACGUCUUGUCCACUUCACCAUGGAGAAGGGAUGGAAAAUCGAUUCCAAGUCGAAGUAUGCUGAGAUUGGCCGCCUUUGGAAAGAAACGAGAGAUGUGCUCUGUGCACGACGCUUGAAAUCAGCCGAUGCAUGUGACCUAGCAAGAGCAACUGGCUGUUUGAGUUGAGGGGAAUUAUUAUUAUUUUACUAGGACAAUCCUGACCGAUUAUAGGAAUUUGUGCUGAUCGAUCUGUUGAGCUGCCAUAGACCAUUGAUUUAUUGUUGCAUUGUGAUGAUUAUGCCGCUGUAUACAGUGCAUGUCACCAAAAUUGCAUACUCUUGUUUAUGGACUCUUGAUGUCACCUAUAGCAUUACUAAGUCUUGUAUAUUUAUUCCCGUAGCUAUGCAAAAGACGUUACUUAAGUAACACAGCUUUAA